AUGGACACUGCAGCAACUGCUGUAACCACCACAACCAGUCCAACAACGAUGAGACUGGACAGUGGUCAGUAUCUGGACGCGACAUUUACCACCCCAGAAUCUACAAACCCUGCUGCUCAUCAGCAUAAACAGAGUGGUGGUGGGAGCAGCAGCAAGUUUCAUUCACCUCAAUCUAAUCACCCACCGCCGCCGCCUCCUCCGCGCUCUGAAUCAAAUAGUACCAUCACCGUUGCGAUCGCUGAUCAACAAUCGAGGCGCUAUAACCAGAGAGAUAAGAUCCAAGAGAGACGGGAGGAGCCGAAAAAUUCGACCACAGACGUUUUAGUGGUGGUGGCUGCCACCGGUAGAGGAUCUAGAGCCGCGGCUGGCGAAGACAGACGGCGUAUCACAGCGCCGACAAACGUUGCGCGAGAUCCACAAAAUGGCGACCGAGGAGUUGUCGACGACGCAAGUGACGACAACGACGAAGAAGACGACAAUAACGACGACCGCCUCUUUCCUUUCUUGUUGCAACAGCAUCAUCAGCAACAAAGCCUCCAGCAUCGCUACUGCCUUGGCGACAACAACGACGACGACACCAUCACUAUUCGCAAACAAGAACAAAUCCAACAGAAACCCAAUCGGGUUUCUCCUACUAGUCCCCUGCCUCCCCCUGUUAUCGCACCCAAUCUUCUUUAUCGCCGACACCAACAACAAAACAGCAGUCCCUACGGGUCUGCAAACUCUUCUCCCUCUUCUGGGCAAGGCUGCUGCCGGAAUUACCCAUCUUCAUCAUCCCCCCUGACGCUUCUACCCCCUGUCCGCUGCAACAGCAGCAGCAGUAGCAACCCCAACAAUCUAACAGUAACAGCCACAAAUUAUAGCAGUUGUAACAACACCACAAGUUAUAACAAUAUUCUUACUACUACCAGCACCCCUGUAGUUACUAAAAGGUUAAGAAGUUUAUCCACCCCCCAUAACAUAACCGCGGCCCUUGCUGCCGCUGUUGGUACGGCCAGUAUCGCUACUGCUACUACUACUGUAUCUAUAAUCAACAAUAGUCAUACUUACCAAAAGCAAUAUAGUAACUAUUACUACCAAGAUAAAUCCGGCCCAACCAGAAAUAUAUUGGCCCGUGUUCCGUCGCUUUCUUCAAGUGAACAGCACCGAUUUAGUGGGAAUAAUUGUAAUUGUUGUCCCCAUCCCGGCAGUGGUAGUACUGCUUCUACCACUGCUACAACUACCAUUGUUAUUACACCGGCGGGUGAAAGAGGAGGGGCCGGAGAGGACGGAGUGGUCAGCACUCCAACUCGUAUAACCGACACUCGUAAUUCGGCUGGUUACACUACUACUACGACAAUUGCUAACAGCCAGAACCUCGUGGUCGCCUCCAGCACCACCAAUGCCCCGGCCACAACGGCCACUCCUACCUCGGCCAACGCCACCACGACGGUCAUAACGAACGUUACGAAUUUGGGCGGUGGUGUUGGGGGUGCCGGACACAACAGCAACAAUAAUAGUAAUACUAAUAAUAAUAACGUCCCAGCUGUGACAAGCACUUCGUCGUCUCUCGUGUCCAGCAGCCACCAUCACCACCACCAUCACCAUCACCUCCACCAUCACCAUCAGCAUCACCAUCAUCCAACGACUACGACAGCCACGAGUUUUAAUAAUCGAAGGGUACCUGCUGGGAUAACCAGCAGUGGCGGCGGUGGCAGCGCGGGUGGUAGUGGUGGAGGGGCCACCAGUAACAAUGCAUUAAUGCCAGAGGCGGCAAUGAAACAGUAUAUGCACAAGCUUAGUACAUUUGAGCACCACGAGAUCUUCAACUAUACCCAUGUGUACUUUGUGGGACCGAAUGCCAAGAAACGACAAGGUGUGGUUGGUGGCACCAACAACAAUGGAUUUGAUGACGACAACGGAUCUUACCUGCACGUGCCUCACGACCACAUCGCUUACCGAUACGAGGUGCUCAAGAUCAUCGGCAAGGGCAGCUUCGGCCAAGUGGUCAAGGCCUAUGACCACAAGGUGCAGCAGCACGUCGCCCUGAAGAUGGUCCGAAACGAGAAACGCUUCCACCGUCAGGCCCAGGAGGAGAUUCGCAUCCUGGAACAUCUUAAAAAGCAAGACCGCGACAACUCUAUGAAUAUCGUACACAUGCUGGAACAUUUCACCUUUCGCAAUCACAUUUGCAUCACAUUCGAGUUGCUCAGCAUGAAUCUUUACGAGUUGAUAAAGAAAAAUAAGUUCCAAGGUUUCACCUUACAGCUGGUUCGAAAGUUUGCCCAUUCCAUUCUGCAAUGUCUCGAUUCUCUGUACAAGAACCGCAUUAUUCAUUGCGAUCUAAAACCCGAGAAUAUAUUACUCAAACAACAGGGGCGAAGCGGUAUCAAAGUGAUAGACUUCGGAUCCAGCUGUUACGAACACCAGAGGAUCUACACUUACAUCCAAUCCCGAUUUUACCGGGCACCCGAAGUAAUUUUAGGAGGCAAAUAUGGAAUGCCUAUAGACAUGUGGAGUUUAGGAUGUAUAUUAGCAGAGUUACUUACCGGCUACCCUCUGUUCCCCGGCGAAGAUGAGAGCGAUCAGCUCGCCUGUAUAAUAGAGUUGUUAGGUAUGCCUCCACAGAGACUUCUUGAUCAGUCGAAAAGGGCUCGGAAUUUUAUCAGUUCUAAAGGAUACCCGAGGUAUUGUACUGUGACCACCCUCCCCGAUGGUUCGAACGUUAUUAACGGUGGCCGGUCGCGACGAGGUAAACCUCGUGGUUCGCCAGGAAGCAAGGAAAUAAUGUCAGCCCUAAAGGGUUGCGACGAUCCAUUAUUUUUAGACUUUAUGAGGAGGUGUCUGGAUUGGGACCCAAGUACCAGGAUGACUCCCAGCCAGGCCCUCCGACAUGCAUGGCUCCGGAGGAGAUUACCAAAACCUCCCCCCAACGAAAACAGGGAUACUAACUCAACUACCACGACGACAACAACUGUCUUGGCCAGUUCGACUGUAGGGGCCAACACCAAUUUGACGACACUAAGUCGCCGUAAUUCUUCGGGGAAUAAUAGGAAUGGUGCCGUACCAAAAUUGGCCAAUGGGUCCAGCACUGGAAAUAGUAAAACAAGACAGAUAAUUCCAGAUGAUGUGGUUGUCACAUCGUCUCAAUUUAAUUCGCGGACAAAACUUCCCCAAAUAGGAUCCACUUUCUACAUAGAACAUGUUUGGGUUAGGGUUAUUUUUUUUUCUGCACUGUCUAUCUUGGCUUAUCCAUAUCUAUCUAUCUAUCUAUCUAUCUAUCUAUCUAUCUACAAACAAAAUUGA